CUGCUGAUGAGCAUGCAAGAAUGUCUCAGUCGGAGGAGUCUAUGCAUUGAUCCAGAGUAUAAUGUACUGUGGAGCUUUGAUGAGAGCAGCUUUGAAAUAAUUAUGUUGUUUUAAUCCUGUAGCAGCUAAAGUUAAAGUGUUUGUCUUUGUUGGAGUUGGUCACAUUGGGUGCUAUCUGUGCUGGAUCACUACUCUUUGAGGACUUGAAACUUUGCUACAUUGAUGAGUUGUCAGUUAGUGCUGAUCCUAAUGACUUGCUGUCAUGAGAGCAGCUGCUAAUCAACAGGAGGGAGGCAAUCAAGGUAAUGGACAUUGUCCUAUACACUGUACCAGACUACCAGUACAUGAAACUAUCACUGGGUUCAAGUGGAUGGGUAACUUAAGCCACACCUUCCUUGAGAAAGGAUCAGAGGAGCUAGGUUAUUCAUGUUUGGUACUACAGUACUGGAUAAAGAUGAAGUGAGUGGAGCUACUGUGACUGGAGAAAUGGCCACCUACCUUUACUCUAAUGGACAGACAUUCUCUUCACUGUUGAAAGACAUUUAAAAUGUGGUCGAGUUGUCUCAAGCAAUUCUUAUUUUAUGUCACUCAAAAGAAACAAUAAAAGAAUGAACUCUUUGAUGGACUGAGAAAAGAUGGACAAUAUCCCAGUACUUGUGGUCCAGCUGGUGUUACUAGUGUAUGUGAUAUUACUGUUGGGUAUGACAGUACUAGACCUCCUCACUAUAAACCAUAUUACAAACAGGUACCAGUUGAUCCUGGUAGUAAAGAUGACCAUGUUCUUUUUGGAUAAUAAGUAUCAGUUUACUUUCAGGGACUGAACCAAUGAUCAAGCUGCUGAAGCCGGUAUUAUGUAAUAUGUAUACAUGUUCAGAGCUCCAGGAGUACAAUAUUAGAGGAAAUGAAAGAAUUUAUUUUUGUGGGUAAAUAGUUUGUUGUGUGGGAGUGAACUGUCAAGAUGGCCACUGGUAGAUCAGGAAGAGAUACUGAAUAUGAAGGAUGGUUAUUAUAUGAGGAGAAAGGUUUAAAUGAAUAUGUAGCAACAUUUACUGUAACUAAAGAUACAGACACACUUCAUAAUUAUAGGGGAAAGAAGCGUCCUGAAGCUAAGAUAGAUCAACAUAUGUCUUUUACAUUUGUCGAGCAAGAUUCCACACUUACAUCAAGAGGUGAUUAUAUUGAAUUUAAAUUUGAUUCUCCACAAUAUGAACCAACUGCUGGAUGGACUAUUAAACCCCACGCAGUACCUUGUAGAAUAUAUAGAAGUGAUGUUGAUAAGGUUGAUGAACCUCCCUAUCCUGAUCCUCCCUCCUGCAGUAUAUCAGUACAUGCUUCGCUUGAUGCUGUUUAUAGACUACUUUAUACUAUAUCAGUGGAAGGUGUGGUUGGAGAUGAUACAUUGUACAUUACCAGGACAUUGAGAAGUCCUUUCUUAGACAUUAGAGAUUUACAGUAUGUACUUGACACAUUGAAUGAAGCUGGCUUCUCACAGAGGAAAUGGAAACCUCUUUGUGAUGCCUUAGGAUUAUAUGCUACUACACUGGGGGGUAUUGAGGCUGAAUAUGCUGGAAAUGUAAAAAGAUGCUUUAGACAGUGUCUAGUAAAAUGGUUAGAGAGAGCUGAUGGUGUUGAUAUUAGAGGAGGUUCAACAAUGGUCUCUCUAUAUAAUGCUCUUGAGUACAUUGAUGAGAAAGCAGCAGCUGAUCAUAUCAAAAAGAAUAUUAUUAAUAAAGAUUUUCCAGAGUUAUGUCACUAUCGUGAAGCGCUUAAGACUAUUGUGACGUGUCAUGUCACUAAAGCAGUAGUUCAAGGUGAAGCUCGUGUUGGUAAAACCUGUUUCAAGUCACUUCUACUGGAUGAAAAGUACCUCAAAGCAAGUACCAGUAUUGCUGAGCCGAGAGUUGGUAUCUACUGCUACAGACGAGAUACUGGGAAACGAUACAUACUAUUGGAUGUCACAGAGUUAGAAGAUAUAGUUAAAAAUGCUUUGAAAAAAGAUGCAUUAGAAAAAUUGAUCGAUUCUCCAGUAGAAAAUCAGGGCAGUAAAAGUAUUGAUGGAAAGAAACAGACCAGAGGGAAUGAAACAGCUGACGAACCUGAUGAUGGGUUUGUUGACGAAUAUGAAGCCCCUGAUGGACCUGGCGAUGGAGACGGAGCACCUAGUGAUGAUGAAAACGAAAGUUUGCUGAGUAAAGAAGUAAAGAAAGUACUUGAUGGAGUACGACAGUGUUCAGGGAAGGAGAAUCGUCUUUGAAGGUGCUCAAUGGUUAUACCUCAUUGAUACAGGAGGUCAAAUCGCUUUUCAAAAGUUGCU